CUGUAAUGAGUCAGGAGUAAUUUUGCGUUUUAUAUCAAGUCUAAGCUUUAAGCUUGAACAUGAUGAAGUGCCUAAAAGUGGAAGAGUAUCUCAAGUGGACGGCCUCUUCCCGAGAAACGGACGUUCUGCGCGCAGAUCUCGAGGACUAUGUCAAGAGAGGUUUGAGACCAGAUGGCAGAACACUGUGUGACAGAGUAAUAAGAGCCUGCAACCAACAGCUGGGGAUGGGGACAGUGGACAGCAAACAUCUUGCAAAACUUGUGUCACUUGUCCAGCUCGCCCUCCGUGGUUAUGAGAGUGUAGAGGAGCCGGGGUUGCAGAGCAGCCCUUUAUACAUGGAGAAGAUUCUUUUCCACAUAAUGAAAAAGCUGGUCAGUCAGGGAACACCCCAGCAUAGUCAGCUGCUUGGAAGCCUGUUGUACAAAAGACUGGCUGUUUCCAAAAGAUCAGCUUUCUCCACUGAAAUGGAAGACUUUUGUGUACUGGUCCGAAGCUGCUUUGUGGUUUUGUGGAACGGGGUAACAGGAACACAGCCUAAUCCUGUCAUUCUCCCCCGGGAAAGACUCCAGCGUCACAUUCAAGCUCUGAGUUUUCUCUUGCUGUUGGAAGGGUUGUCUGAUACGUCACCGUUUUCUUCUAAAGUUGCUGUGUAUACUGAAGAUGCCCUGAUUGAAUUUGUGAAAAGCUGUGGGACUUUGUCAGAGAAUGAUGCUUCAUAUCUGCUCCAAGAAAUCAAACACUAUCUCAUCCCAACACAAAAACCUGGGAAGAACCCCGCACCUGAGAAGUGGUUUGCUGUGUGUGAGGUGCUGGUGCAUACUUGCAGACUUCUGUUCAAGGCAAAUCACUGGGUCCAUGCACUUGACCUUGUUACAGGAGUCAGAGAAUGGCUGAGAGAUUCUUCCUGCCUAGAUGCAUUUCUGGAACUUGCCCAACAGGCUGUCGAGAUCCACCGCUUUCACCAGUCUGAAGAGGAGAAUUCUAAGGCUUUGACUGACUGUGCCCGCAUUGUCCGUGGCCUCCCCUCUUUGGGUGAUCAGGAAUGUCAUGUCAUCUUACAAGUCUGCCAGCUUAUUGUUUCAGCACUUGAGAUGAAUCAGAACAAGGGACACGAUGGGAAGUAUCUCCUGACUUGGUUCUCAUUCCUGGAAGAAUACCAAGAGCUCAUUAGCAGGCACCUUUGCAAGGUUACAGCGCUGCCUGCCGAUAAGAAGCGCAUGUUUCAACAGCAAUUGUUCUGCACAAUGUGCCAAGGAUUCACAAGUGCUUAUGACAGCAUGGUAGCUUUUCAGUUGGAGGAUGGUGAGACCCUUGAAAGGGUGCUGUUGUACUGCAAGGCCACAGCUGCUGAGAUGAUGAACAAAUUGCAAAACCUGGCUUCUGACAGUUUCUUCAAUAAAGCUGCCUCUGCAGUGAAUAGCAUGGCUUGUGCGCUUUACAACCGCAGAAUGUAUGACCAGGCCUUUGCCAUCGUGGAGACUCUGUGCCGUGAGCUCAUGAAGAACAAUCACCCCUCGCUUUCUGUGGAAAAGUUGAAUCGAGCUUUCCUGCUAGCAGUCCAGAGCUCAAGAAAACGUGGUCAAUUGGACUGUGCUCUAGACUGGGUGGUGUACUGGCUGCAGGCCCUGGGUGACCAGAUCAUGACCCACAUGGCAGAGCCAAUCACUUUGUGGGUUAAAACCAAAGCAGAUGCUGCCAGAGGAGGGGAGGAAGACAUGCGACUUAGGACACUUCGUGAUGGCUUUGGUGCUAAUGUCCCAGAGGAAGGAGUGAUGCUCUCCCUCUUGGAAGAGGAACUCAGAGCCUAUAGGGAGGUUGCAGGUGACACUGCUCAGGAGCGCUACAAUGUACUGUGUGACUUGCUGGACAUCUGCCAUGAAGGCAGCAUGCAUACACACCGAAGAGCAGUCUACCUGUAUGAGAUGGCCCAGGUGGUCUGCUUCCAGGACUUCAGUGAGCAGACUGACUGUUCUGCUGUAGAUUUCACUGUUGAGUCUUUACGGCUGCUGAAUGAGGAGCAAGAAACUGCUGAGAACACUGACCAGCUCAUGGAUGACAAAGCCCAGGCCUCCCUCUGGCUCUACAUUUGUACACUGGAGAAGAACCUCCAAGAUGCUAUGGAUUUUGACAGGAAGCGAUCCAAGGCACAGGAGCAAAGACUCAGCUUGGAGCCUGUAGGAACCAAUGACUUGGACUAUGAAGACAAACAGAAGCAGCAGGAUAGCCAGCUGGUCUAUGAAGGACUAUGCUUCAACUUGACUGCUGAGAGAAAGUGUUCUGAGCCUCUUGACAAGGCCCUGGAGCUGUGGAGAAACCUGCUAGCCAAGGACACAGUCCCUGUUAUACGAACACCCAAGCAGACAGUCUCUUCCAUUGUUCUUAUGGCUGCACUAUACAAACUCAUGGGCAAGCCUCUGCGUGCUUUGGAGAGCCACCAGUUGGCUGUGGGCUUUUCGCAUAAACUUAGUGAUGCUAUUAGCUGUGCCAGCUCCAUGUGCUACUCUGCUAGGCUGCUCCUGGAGAUGGGCACCCCUGAACUGGCACAGCUGCAGCUAGAACAGGCAGAGAAGUUGCUGCCUCCUGUUGACUCCAGUUCUGAGGGCAUCUCGCCCCUCCACGUGUUCGCCACCCUUGUAAGAGCUGAGCUCUGCUACAGGACCAACCAGGUGGAGAAAGGGGUUUCCCAUCUGUGUCAGGUAUUGAAGGAGGUGGGAGAACAGAGGCACUCUAAGAGCUGGUAUCUGUUGCGAGCCAGGGCUCUUCAGACAGCUAGCGCCUACCUUGGCCUUGAUGUCACUUCUCUGCCAAGCAACUUGCGACAAAGAAUUACCGAAUAUGGACUGAAGACCCCUGACACAACACUAUAUGAUAGUUUGAAGUUGCUGUGUAGCCUGGUGGUGACCUUGGUGGGAAAUGGUCUCUAUGGAACUAAUGUCGGAGUGGACACACGCUUUGUUGACCAAGGAGACAAUGUCUUACUGAAGUGGCAGUUACUGGCUGAAGUCUUGAGUUGUUCCUUUCGGAUGGUGGCAGUGAGGAGACUUAGUGGGGCAGUACAUGAAGCCAAGGUGCAGUGCCUGGAAGCCUUAAAGCUCACCACGAAACUGCAAACGCUUAGCCAAUGUGCGGAAUUCUUGGUGAUGAAGGCAGAGUUGGAGCUACAGAAAGGGGAGAGUACACCGAGUGGCAUGGACCUUGAGCAAGUUAAGGACCUUCUUGACCUUUGUACUGAUUUUACUAGCAAAACUAAGAAGAUGGAAGUCAAAAUCAAACCACGGAAGGGGAGACCAGCUAAAAAACCAGCAUGUCCUGCACCAGUGGAUGAUGACUGCAGUGACCUUCUGAAGACCAGGUCUUUCUUUCAGCAACCAGUGGCAGCUGUUGAUGAGUGGGCUCAGAGUGCCUCUCCUAAGCUCCGGUCCAAGGACAUGGGUUGGCUUGUCUCUUUGGGACACAAGGCAGACUGCUGCUGCCUGUGCUGUUCAGACCCUGGGUUGGGACGUGUCUGUGUUCGCUGGGCUGCAGCCCAGGCAGAGCUGGCUCUUCAUUUACACCAAGGUGUAGGAGCAGUACAGAGCCAGAAGCUCUUCCUUACUGCUCUUUCACAUUGCAGGAGUGUGACUGCAAAGCUUUCUGCCGAACUAUUCCGCCUGAUGCCUGCAAAGGACAAGCCUUACCCAUCCUUCCUCGAUGAUCUUAUGGGGAGAAUCUACUUACGCAUGUCCCUUUCUAGUCUUGAGUUGCCAUUACAGAAGUCUGCCAGUGUAUGGGAGCUCCUAGACUCAGGCUUUGCCUUUGUAGCUUCAAGAAGCUCCCCUGAGCUGGAGUCCAUCCGGGUGAGCCUGCAGGCAACCAAAGCCCUUGCUUACAUUAUUACAUUGGCAGCCCAGAAUAAAUGCAGACCAGAAGAGCUCUUCUCUGCUAUGUGGACAUGGAAUCCCAUGGUCAAGGCUCAUCAGAAAGCUAAAGUUUUGUGGUCUAACACAAAAGCCAAGGAUCCUGUUACCUCUUCAAAAGCAAAAGAGGUCAAGAAAGUCAAGGACCCUGGGGUUUCCAUAACAUGUCAAGAGACAAAGAUGCCCAAAGAUAUGACAGUGCAUUUGACAACACCCAAGGUUAAGAUGGCAUUUCCUUCAUCCAAAAACAGGUCUUUGUCCUGCAAAACCCCACAUGUAACCAAAAUGUCAAAAUCAAAGUCUGCAACACGAGGACAGUCAUGUGCUUUUGACUUUGACAAUGAAGUACCCCAAAUUGCUGUAAGGCCACACACUCCCCCAGUACCAUGCACACCUGUUCAAAAAGUGAAGACAGUACCUCCUGGAAGGCAAGGUGCAAUGAAGCCUGCCCCAAAGUUGCAGUUCCAGGUGUACAAUGAAUCUUCUCCUCCAGAGGCCCAUCUAGCACCAGUACCUGCUGCUCCCAGACGAAGCACAAGGUCUCGCUUUAAGGUGGAAUUCAGUGAUGAGAGUGAUGUGGAGACCUCUACUCUAGCAGUAAAUGCUGACAAGCAAAAAGCCAGCAAGUUGCGUGCAUCUUCCAAAGUGGCUACCACGUCCAAACCCAAGGUGCAACCACCAACUGAUAAGAGGGCCGUGAAAGGACGGGGAAAAGCAAAAAAAAGCACUGUCCUCCCUGCCCACAACAUAUCUUCUGAGGAAGAGCUAGUCCCCUGUGCCCCACGGAAGGGCAGGUGUAAGAAACAGAGUGACAUUGCUGCUAGUGCUGCAGAAACAGAAGAGCUGGAGCAGAUGAGGACCAUAAAAGAAGAGGAAUAUAGAAUGGAUACAAGUGUGGAGGAGCUAAAGAUAUCUGAUGCAGAGGAAAAUGAGACAUUGGGAAAAUCAAAGGAGCAUAAUGAUGCAGAUCUUGAGGUGCUUAGACGAGAUCUUUGGGCAGACCUGGAGAAGGAUAGUUUUGGUCACUUCAGAAGAGGUGACCAUUCUGGGAUCCAGCCAUCAUAUGCAACAAUCCCUAGCUCAGGACCAGAUGGUCUGACACUGGAGUUGGUGAGGGACCUUCUGUGCAGCACAUUGCUGUCCCUGCAACAUUUCCCUCCGCUUUGGAUAUAUCCCCGGCUCUGUGGGUUGCUUGCCUUGGCCCAGGGAGACCUACUGACCACUGCCAUGCUUCACUCCCAGUCCUUGGGGAUCACAGCAAGGCAUCACAUGACUCGUCACCUUGCCACAAGACUGAAGAAGCUGAAAAAGGAUUGUUCCUCUGAUCUUGUUGAUAAGCUGGACUCCUUGAGUCUAGAUGAUGCCUGUGCACAAAUGCCACUGCAUCAGAAGCUAACAGAGUUGGAGAGGAUCUUCACCUUUCCCACCACUGACCCUUCAGCUUUCCCUCACCAACAUUGUGAAGACUUCACACAGCAGCUCAAGAUGAUCCCUUCAGGUGUGACAGUGUGCCUUCUUUCUGUGGUUGGUGUCCAGCCCAGGGAGAUUGGAGAUACUGUUCUGCUGACCCGUUUAGAAAGGGAUGCCUCUCCAGUCACUGUUUGCAUUCCCACUGCACAGCUUGAGUGUCCAGUGAGUGCUGUGAUCCAGGAAAUGGACAAUGUUCAGAAACAGCAGAAGGUGGUGAGCAGUGUGGCAGACAAAGCACAGUGGUGGGAGGGCCGGCGAUCACUGGAUACCCGCAUGGAGAGGUUGUUGGAUAAAAUGAAGAUGAUUUUGGGCUGCUGGCAGGGAUUGCUGUUACCUGUCACGUGUGAUCCAGAGCUCUCCAGUCAGGUUAAGAACCUUUCCCAGACUCUUUCAGAGUUUGGUGUCCACGCCACAAAAGAGCUGCUCAAGGUGGUGCUGUCUGCCUCCCCACUGCUCUCUCAACAAGAUCUACAUGCCCUGGCUAGUGGUUUGUGCCCAGAAAGAGCUGCAGAGCUGGUCUCCCUCCUGCAGGUGGCAGUCUCUGCACUGAGCAACAGAGCAGAGCCACAAGGCCACACUGUCCUCAUCCUGGACAAGUAUCUGCAAAAGCUUCCAUGGGAAAGUAUCUCCUGCCUGAGGUCCCACUCAGUCACCCGUAUGCCUUCCCUGCACUUCCUUAUUGGCCACUGUCUCUCUAAAAAGCUGGAUCCUACAUCAGUACUAAAUGUUGGAGUUGACCUGAAGAAGGUAUUCUAUGUGCUUAACCCUGAUGCCAAUCUGAAAGACACAGAGGAACGCUUCAAAGAGUGGUUUGCCAAAGAGCCUGCUUGGAAGGGUGUGUGUGGAACUGCUCCGAACCCAACUGAGCUUCAAGAAGCAGUGACCACUAAAGACCUCUAUAUCUACGUGGGUCAUGGAGCAGGGGCACGGUUCUUGGAUGGGCAGCGGAUCCUAAAAGAGGACUUGCAUGCAGCCUCGCUGCUGUUUGGUUGCAGCAGUGCUGCUUUGGCAGUCUAUGGAGAGCUAGAAGGUUCUGGAAUAAUCCUAAAUUACCUAAUGGCUGGCUGUCCACUGAUUCUUGGCAACCUUUGGGAUGUGACGGAUCGUGACAUUGAUCGCUUUACAAAGGCCCUGCUUCAGUCGUGGUUUUCAGCUGGUCCGGGGGCUGCUCUUCUCAACCAUAUGGCCUCCUCUCGCCAGGCCACACAUCUGAAAUACCUGAUCGGUGCAGCACCUGUAGUGUAUGGCCUGCCUGUGUCCUUGCAGAAAGAGGAAUGUUAAUUUAUUUCAGGUUUAUUUAUAUCAAUAUGUAAAUGACAUUUGUUUUUAUUUAAAUUUGCAUUCUUUUAUUUGAAAAACUGGUCACUUGUUUGGUUGCUGUGCCUUGCCAUUACAUUGUUUCCUUUAACUUUCCAAGUCAUAUUGGUUUUCUGUUGAUUUGU